CUCAAUUUUAUAUAAACUUCAUGUGUGCUUUAUCGUCAACGGUCGGAUUAUAAUACUGUAAGUACACCAUAAGAUGUCAGACCGUCCAAACUCAAGUAUGUCAAUGCUUGAAAAGAAUCUCAGUGGGUAUAACCUUCCCGCCGAUUCUUUGUUCGAGAUACAAGCUCUACUUAUGCGAAGGUCCCAGGCAAGAUUUUCUGAGGGUUUGAGUCCAGAAGGCAAACAGGCAAUGCAACAAGCUUUAGAAGAAAUGAACAGCAGAAAUGACGAAAAUGACAAAGUUGUAAUUGAUAACUCUAAAGGUAAACACGUAAGAAUCACAACCGUAAAACAGGAACAUUCAUCUAUAAGAAGGCAACGGGAAAGUGGCGAGAAGGAGCUAAGAAGGAGCACAAGUUUUACAGAAACAUUUGAGAAGAGUAGCAUGGGAAGACUCGAAGGUGACAUUACGGAUACGAGUCAAAGCCGUGCUAAUGUAAAGAAGAUGGCUAUUGGCGGUAAGAUUGAAACAGCCAUGGAGACAAUUGAGAUAGUUAAACACGGCGAGGCGGAGAAAGAUACACAAGAUAUGUCCACUGUCAAUUCGGUGGAAAAGUGUUUAGUUUGGAUGGAAGUGAAUGGUGUAAAAACUUCCAUGGGUUAAGAAACACACACUGUUUAAAGUGCAUAAAGAGUAAAAAAUGAUUAAAUGGCAAUAUAUAAAGUACUUAUGUUUCCUUUCCAAAACGGAUGCCAAAUAUUGAUGGCAUCAUGUUAUAAAACGGUUAUUUUCAUAUAACUUGCCACCUCGGACAGUAAUAAUAUUUAGUCCAUAUGAUAGCAUAUUCACAUAUAAUAAACAUUGAAUUGUAUA